GUAGAAUCAUUAAAAGAAGACAAUCUAAAUGUGUCAUGGCUGGCACCCAGUCAAAGUUUGUUGACGAACUUGAAGAAGUUGUAACUUGACGCUGUUUGGUUUCAUCUAUCUGCCUUUGGACAAAUAUUCUAUAUUGAUGAUUCAAAAUGUCGUCAAGGAGCUUGAAGAAACUCAGCGAGGAAAGCUUGACUAGACCACCAGAGGAAGUUUUUGAUCUAUUAGAAAAGCUGGGUGAAGGGUCAUAUGGCUCUGUAUUUAAAGCAGUCCACAAGGAGUCUGGGGAGGUCCUAGCAAUUAAACAAGUUCCAGUUGAUACAGACUUACAAGAAAUUAUUAAAGAAAUAAGUAUCAUGCAACAAUGUGACAGUCCAUUUGUUGUCAAAUAUUAUGGAAGCUACUUUAAAAAUACAGAUUUAUGGAUUGUAAUGGAGUACUGCGGUGCUGGGUCUGUGUCUGAUAUCAUGAGGCUAAGAAACAAAACAUUGAAAGAAGACGAAAUGGCCUGCAUAGUGAAGGAUACAUUGAAGGGAUUAGAAUAUUUACAUUUUAGACGAAAAAUUCACAGGGAUGUCAAGGCAGGGAACAUUCUCCUAAACACAGAAGGAUAUGCAAAAUUAGCGGAUUUUGGUGUUGCUGGGCAACUAACGGACACAAUGGCAAAACGAAAUACUGUUAUUGGAACACCGUUUUGGAUGGCACCUGAAGUAAUUCAGGAAAUAGGAUACGAUUGCAAAGCUGAUAUUUGGUCACUAGGAAUAACUGCAUUGGAAAUGGCUGAAGGCAAGCCUCCACAUGCCGACAUCCAUCCAAUGAGGGCGAUUUUCAUGAUUCCCACAAAGCCACCACCCACUUUCAAAAAGCCUGAAAAAUGGAGUGAUGACUUCAUCGAUUUUGUGACAAAAUGUCUCGUUAAAAUACCGGAUGACAGGGCGUCAGCAACACAGCUUCUGCAGCAUCCGUUUAUUAAGUCUGCAAAACCGGUUAGCAUUUUAUCUACGAUGUUAGCAGACGCAGUAAGGAUACGCGAAGAGUUAAACGACGAAAGUGAAGAGGACUCUAUCGAUGGACUGGAAAAUGAUACGGGUGAAGAUUUGAGUGGGGAAGUAGGAGAGGCUGGUACCAUGGUGUGUCAAGACGAGUUUUACACCGCACAGGAAAGUCUAGGAACUAUGAUCGUUAAUAACAGUGGUAAAAUGGAUAGCAGUGAUGGUACUAUGAUGAUUGCAAGUGAUUCAGGGACGAUGAUUGAAAACACAGGGACAAUGAUUGAAAACACUGGUACUAUGAUUGAAAACACUGGUACUAUGAUCGAAAAUGAUUUAGGGACAAUGGUGAUUAAUGAUUACACUGAUGGGAGUGAUUCAACUAUGAUAAGUGUAAACACGGCCGUCCAAGAAGUGAAACCUCAGGAGUAUAGACCGGCCUUUUUAGAUCAUUUUGAAAAGCUUGAAGAAAAUCAAAGGAAUUUGGACGGCAAAAAGAGAAAUAAAGGCAAUGGAAUUCGACCAGAUGCAAACUCGCAGUUUCCAAAGAAUUUCUUAGGCCCUGUAGAUUUUGAUUUUCUUAAAUCACUAACAUACGAAGAACUUAAUCAUCGUAUGGGCUCACUGGAUCGAGACAUGGAACGCGAAAUCGAGGAUCUUAGGAAGCGAUACCAAGACAAAAGACAGCCGAUUCUUGAUGCAAUGGAAAUGAAGAAGAGACGUCAGAUGAAUUUUUGAGUGAGAUUUUUGUAAUAUUAAAGUUUACUGUAAAAUGUUUAAAUAAUAUAUCUCUCGUUGGAAUUAAGGCUCUCAUAGAUCAAAUUUAUCAUAGAGUCGGAUUAGUAGAAUUUUCACGUUUUAUAGAAAAUUUUUAUGUCUUGUGUGUUGUUUAUUUUCACAUUUGCUUUUAGGUGUUCAAUAUUGUGUAUCGCUGUCAUAAUGCGUUGUAUGGUAGGGGCGAUUAAUUUGCUUUGUUAAUGGACGUAAAACGUAUUAUGACCCCUCAAUUUUCAUAGCUCUUUUGUGAAAUAAUAGCAUUUGCAGAAGCUAUUACCCUGCAUUCGCUAUUCUUAGAAAUUCACUGAGUAUGCUGAGAUAUACUAGAAAAAAUUUGAAAUUAUUUGCCGUCCUAAGCUUUACUGUUAGUUUAUUCGUUGCAUCGCUGACGUCAAAAUCAGAACACCUUAUUAACAUGACAAUUUGAACAGAUAGCUACAUAAUCUCAGAAUUCCGUGUUUCCAAAUACCGUUAUUUGAUUAUAUGAAUGGGAGAAAUCCAGUGGCGUCGCCACAGGGUAUACUUUCCUAGAAGUCGAUGUUCUACUUUCCUAGAAGUCAAUGUUCUACUUUCAGGAAAUCCGUUGAGAAACCUUUUGGGGGGAGGGGGGUUGUUAGGUGGGCUAAUCAGAUCGGUUUUGAUUUUUGCACUUGCAAAAAAGCCACCAUAACGAAAAAAGCUGCUUGAGAAAGUUGCUUGCCCUAAAGUAGAAAAAAGAUUACUGUACUAAAUUACGAAAUAGAUAAAAAAUACCAAAAAGACCUUUCCAAGAGUUAGAAGGGCGUGGCCGAGAAAAUUUGUUUUGUCCACCCCAGUUUUUUUUUAGCUGGCGACGUCACUGGAGAAAUCUUUUCUUGUAGUCUAAAUAUGGGAACAUCUGCAAGUAAUCAAGGACCACGCCACAAGUUUGAAAUUGACAGGGGGGGGCAAGUCUAGCAAAAGUAGGGGACCAAUGCUUUUUUCUCUUUUACUGCAGCUUUAAAACUACAUGCUUCGCAAAAAGUGUGGGACCAUGGCCCCUCCGGCACGUGCCCUGAGUAAUGUGAAAUGUUUGUUUUGUGACUGCCCUGUGGUAUUUAUGAGUUUAAAAGCAAAUUAAUGUGUGUACUAUAGACUGUUUUGUUUAAAUAAAUGUUUUGUUGGUUCAUAUUUGUUUGUCAUUUUGCGUGGAUUUGGUUAAUACGUUAAUUAUAAACAUUCAUGGUUCGACUGAGACUCGUAUAAACUUCGGAAGACUGAACCUUGAAAUCUCCCACUUUUAUUGAGAUAAGCAAUUUUACUAAUUAAGUUGUAAGAAAGAUCUCGGAGAAUCAAAGUUUUGCCUGACAUGGCAUCCCCCUACAAAUGAAAUUAAAGUAUUCAUCUAUAUUCGAAGAAGGCACGGAAGAACGUAAAUUCAGCAUAAUAAAGCACAUUUCAUCUGAUAUUGCACGGAUUGGUCAAAAACAGGGACCUUAUCAAUGUUACUUUCACGUUUCUGGAUAUACGUUUUUCUUAUGUUUAUUUAUUAUCAGAUGUUAAUUCUUUAAGGAAUAUCGAAUGAAAGUACUUUAGUAUGCUAAGUUUCAUGUUUUCCGUGCUAUCUUCAAGUUUUGCGAUACCAGAGGCCAUUCCAUUGUAGCGAACAUUACAAUAUUCAGUUUUGAUAACUAGAUUUUAAGGGGGUGUGCAUUUUUCAGUUUGCUUUGGUUUUGCUUUAACCUCUUAAAAAGUCUGCAUUGCUCGUUCGAAGUUUUUAGACUGUUAAUUUUUUUUAAUUUUGUGAGAAAUACGAUCAUUGACAAAAAUCAUAUAUAGGCAUGAAAGCAAUUAUUUUCAUGCCAAAAAUAUAUUCGAUCAUCAAACAUUUUGCGAAGAUUUUAGGAAAGCUUUUCAGAAUCGUUCAUGUGCACUUACCUGAAUUGAAGUAAAUUGCUAGAUAUUUUUAAAAUAGCUUUUAUCAUAAGCAAUCUGUAGCACAAAGCGUUCAUUUUAAAAGCGGUAGGGAUUUUCAACAUUCAGCAGGUUGCGUUGCAUGCUUAAAGACUUAAUACUGACCUUAAACAAUGCUUUUUCAAUAUUUGUAUUUGUAAAUAUUUUUCAUUGAAAUAUAUUCGUUUCA